AAUGUAGAGGCGCGGGAGAGGCAAAAGCGUACGGACGCUUUCGAUUCCGUGGGAGAUCUCGUCAGACCUGGCGGACAGAUGCGUGCGAGGCGAAGUACACUUCAGCGGCUUCAGUGUGCCACUGAUUGUGAGUAGCAAAGCUUAGUGAGCGCGCGCGCGCGUGCGAGCGGCAAAUUGUGUGGAUCUUUUUCGUGUUUUUUUCGACAUGGCAGGGAUAUACCGUUAUCCAUGAACGUUUCUCCAUCUCAAUGCCUCCCCUAAAGGUGUACACAUCGAAGGGUAUUCCCUAAACACUGAACUGAGAUCGAUCAAGAGGGGAACCGGUACAUGGAAGUUUCCUCGUAGGGAGAACAACGCGGAUACAGCAACCGGAGAAGCGAUCCUGCAGAGCAAGGUUAGGCGACAGAAAACAAUUACACAAUGGUACGUCCGUCGAGAAAGCGAGGAUUCUUCUUGAAAACAUUCGCAAGGAUGGUGGGCAACAUGUCGAGCGGAUGGAUGAGGAAGAUCCUCCUCUUCCUUGUUCUGAUAACCGGGAUCCUGCUGAUCGCGAUGUACGCUCACGCCCCGCCACUCGCCUCCCUUCAGCCGUUCUCGUCGCGACGACUGAAGGAGUUGCAACGAGGCUUGGUUACUUUCCUGGUCGGUAAUGAAAGCACGAAGAGACCCGGAGAACGGCUCUACGAGUAUCUGGAAGAGCCUAGGACGUUUCAGAGCCCAUGGUCUUGGGUGUGCGUGGCAGGAAGAUGCGAGAGGAGGGCGGUCAGAUCGUCGAGGACCUCGUUGGCAAGUUGCAUCGCGCUCUGCGGCGGAAACACCAGGCUGUUGUGGCCGAGGCCGACCGGAAACGUGCUCCUGGGCGAGGAGAGCGUGAUCGUACACCUGCAGCAAAUCGAAUUCGUCACGGUGAACACCAGCGAUCAAGAGACGAGGAAUCUGUUGGAACACGCCAAGGACGUCUUCAUCGGCAACACGAGGAGCUUGAUAAAGACGCCGAACGCGAAGAGCAGACCCGGGGUGGACGCGUUCGUGAUAUACUUGUCCGCCGGUAACGGAGAAGCGUCAGGUCCUAGGCUGGACGUGGACGAGUCUUACACCGUUGACGUGCUGGCGAGGGGGAGGGUGCUGGAGGCUCGAGUGAUCGGGAGGAGUUACUUCGGGGCCAGGCACGGUUUGGAGACGCUUGGCCAGAUGAUCUGGUGGGACGAGACGAGCGGGCGGGAGGGCGGUCUGCGGGUGCUGUCCCGUGCCUCGAUCGAGGACAAGCCCACGUUCCCCUACAGAGGAUUGCUGAUCGACACGGGGAGGCAGUUCUUCCCCGUCGAGCGUUUGAAACGCGUGAUCGACGGGAUGGCCGCGUCCAAGUUGAACACCUUCCACUGGCACAUAUCCGAUUCCCAGAGCUUCCCAUUCGACUCGGCCCAAUUCCCGGAAAUGGCGAGGUGGGGCGCGUACAGCGGCGAUCAGAUCUACACGCCCGACGACGUCAAGGACCUGGCCGAUUACGCGAGGAUACGCGGCGUCCGAGUGCUCGUCGAGAUCGACUCGCCGGCGCACGCUGGCGCUGGCUGGCAGUGGGGGACGGAGUACGGUUACGGGGAGCUGGCACUGUGCGUUGAUCAGCAGCCAUGGUCGUCGUAUUGCGGCGAGCCGAAUUGCGGCCAGUUGAAUCCCAUCAACGAGCACACGUAUCGCAUACUCGAGGGCCUGUACAAAGAGCUCCUCGAGCUGACCGAGAUCCGGGACGUGGUCCACCUUGGCGGGGACGAGGUGAACCUCGACUGUUGGGCCCAGUACGGGAACAUCACGGCCGCUAUGCAGGCGCAGAACAUGACCGACCACCACGCCAUGUGGGCCGAGUUCGAAACAAAGAUGCUGCACAGGUUGGUGAAGGCGAACCGCGACGAAACACCCAAGGCCGUGAUCCUGUGGAGCUCCCCCCUCACCAAGAGGCCCUACAUCACCACCUACUUCGACCCCAAGAUACACGUGAUCCAAUCUUGGGGGGGUAGCAAUUGGCCGGAGACCCCCGAUCUUCUCGAGGACGGUUUCAGGGUGAUCCUCUCCCACGUGGACACUUGGUACCUGGACUGCGGCUUCGGCAGGUGGAGGGAAACGGGGGAGGCGGCCUGCGGCGAGUACCGCACCUGGCAGACCGUCUACAAUCACCGGCCGUGGAGGGACUAUCCCCAGCAACACUGGGGCCUCGUUCUGGGGGGGGAGGCGGCGAUAUGGAGCGAGCAGACGGGCGACGCCUCGUUGGGUCCUCGGCUAUGGCCCAGGGCGUCCGCCCUCGCCGAGAGAUUGUGGAGCGACACGCCGACCAACGGUUACUCGACGGACGAGAACGUGUACACGAGGCUGGCCGCUCACAUGGAGCUUCUCACCGGGCGGGGGUUGAAGACGGAAGCCAUGUGGCCGCAGUGGUGUUCCCAGAAUCCGGGCAAAUGUCUCUGACCGUUCGUCUCCACCCCGACGAACGACACGAUCGCCUUCGAUCUUCUGGAUUGCACGCGCGGAUGCGGGGGAGGGAGGUGGUUGCGCCUCCCCUUUCGAAGAGCAACCUCGUCGCCCGUCCUUUCGCUCGUCGAGAUAUCGGUUGCCCGAUAACGACUUUCCCUAACCCUCCCCCUCCCCGGCAAAAUCGGAAAGGAAAAAUCGGUUCGAAGUGGAAUUCGAUCGAAAGACAGGGACGCAACGCAACGCGGUGAAAUAAAUCGAAGGGAAGAGAAGAGGAUGUCGUUGCGAGAACGAUGGAGGGGAAGAAGAAUUGAGAAAUUUCUUGUUGGGAGGAUCGAGCGAGAAGGAAGAAAAAUCCAAAAGAUUUUUUACAUAUUUGUUUUACUUUGUACUGCAAGGGAGGAAGGGAAGGGGAAAGGUUUCCUUUUUCCUCCCCAACCUGUCCGAUUUGGUUUUCUCGUUUUUCUUCUCGCCGAGGAAGAAGGACGAAAAGUUGGCUUUGAGUUUUUCCUCUCUCUCUAACCCCCUCCCCUCCAGGUUAAACUGGAAGAAGAAGAUGUAGGGAAAGAUAUUUUGUACUUGUUUGUACGAGAUGAUGAUGCGUGACGCGGAGAAGAGGUUUACAGAAAGGUCGAAACGAAGAAAAGGUCAAUUGAAGAAAACACGAGAGCCGCGAGUUUUAAUAUUUGCAUAUUCGCGCUCGAGCUCGCCAUACUUUUCGUUCAAAGUGCCUUUCCAAUUGUAAUUCUACUCGUUACGAGGUGUGAAACGACUCCGUUUAUCGCGAAAACCGUGCGCGUUCCUAUCCAAAGGAUCUCGAUCGGCGGGGAAUCGUCGAGAUCGUCGUCCCGUCGUCGUAGCGGGUUUAGACGAGCAAGAAUUUGAUGUUCGUCGGUCCAGAUCUGCCCGACGAUUGGUCUCUAUAUCCCCUCCCCAGCCCCUCCCCUUAUCGCACUUUUAAAAAAAUUCUGUCGAAAUUUUGCUCCAGCACGAUAUUUUAAUAUCGUUUAAUUUUUGGAAAAAUUGAUCGAUCGACGAAAAUUAUCGAUCGUCAUCGUUCUUUUCAUCUUCUUAUAUUCGGUAAGGAGUGUAGUAAAUUUAAUAUGUACGAGGUAAUAUUAUCGGCAGAAAUUUUUUAACGUUGUUUCGUCGCGAAUCAACGAAUUUUUUCGAAAAGAAAAAAAAAAAAAAAAACGACGAUUUAACGAUAACAUAACAACGCCGAGAAGAAGAUUCUUUCUUUUCUGAAAGACUGUUAACCGAUACGUACGAUACUUCCACCGAGGGAAAAGAGGGAAAAAAAUAAGAAAGAAAAUAUAUAAAACAUUCCAAACGGGCAAAAGUAGUGGAAAAGGCAUUCGAGAUGGUGUAACGAUCGAUCGAUCGAUUUUGAACGGAAAGCGGGUAAAGGAUUCCGAUCCUUUCGUAUCGAUUUUUUCCCCCCGAAUCGAAGAAAAUUUAUUAUCGGGAAAUUGGAAGUAUCAGUUUUUCGUAACGCGACAUAGCGAAUAUAAUCGUGGCCGUAAGGCCGUGCACGAGAAUGACGCCAUUCCGCGUAGGCUUCCCUCUUUGAAACUGCCAGUUCUAGAUCCUACAUAGAACUUGCUAUAAAAUUCGAAAAAAAAAGAAAAAAAAAAGAAAGAAAGAAAAAAAGAAAAUACGCAAUGCGUGUAACGCGAAGAGCAUAUACGAUUAAAAAUGAAGUAGAGGUGUGCGGGAGCAUAUGUUCAAGGAAUGUUCCGUUCUUUGGCAGCACACACGCGUCAUAUCCCUCGAAGCCAAAGAAAUCAUUGAAGAAAAAAAGAAGAAGAAAGAAGAAGGAAAGAAAGAAAGAAAGAAAGAAAAAAAAAAAGAAGCCAUAAAGACACUUUGUACUAUUACGCAAAUAAUACUCUCUCGUUUAUAACGAGGAUCACGAAGAAAUUCUGUUUAGAUUAUUUAUAAGGGAACGUUUCUCGGCGAAGAAGAAACGUCCGAAUCAAAGGCCGUUCGUUCGUUCGUUCGUUCGUUCGUUUCUCGAUGAAUUUAUCUCUCGCGUAUAUUUGUAAAAUCGUGUUGACGAGACGCGUCUCUCUCUGUCUUUGUCUCUGUCUCUCUAUCUCUAUCUCUCUCACUCUCUACGUCUCAAGGAAAAAAAAAGAUAAAAGAAAAAUGGCCUAUCGACGGAUAAUAUAAUAGCCGUGGAAAACUUUGUAAAUAACACGAUCGUUUCGCGUUAGAGGAUAAUAAGGGAGCGAGUAGGUAGUAAUAAUAAUAUAAUCGAAGGACAAAGAAAAGGAUGAUAUGUAUAUGUAUGUACUUACUAACUACGACUUACCAACCAUCGAUGGCUGUAAAAUUGAAAGAAGUGAUUUUUAGAGAAGUAUUUCGAUUUUCGAAAUACAGCAAAAAUCAUCCGCUGUCACUGUGUCAUCUCGCGUGUUGGAUUUGUCGCGAAAUAUUUUUUCGAAAUGCGGGAAAAGAAAAUGAAAAAAAAAAAAAAUAAAAGAAAAAAGAAAAAAGAAAGGAAAAGAUUCGUAAAGAGGAGAGAUGGAAAAGAAAAGAAUUUUAGAAUUAAUUAAGAGUAAUAAUGUCCGAUGUGAAAUUGUUUUGGAUGGGAAAUUUUUUUACGGGAUCGAAAAAUCGAAUCGCGGCCGAUUUGAAUCGCGCGCGCGUGCGCGCGCAGACGAUUUCUCGAGUUCGAUCCACGCGAGAGAGGAGAUAACAAUCUGUUGUUGUGAAGCGUGGUUGGUGUAAGUUUAACAUAAAACAAAAAAAAAAAAAAAAAAAAAAGAAAAAAAAACGAAUUUU